AUGGCGUGCGAGAACAGCAACGUUACUGCCAAUGGCGAUGGCCUGUGCAUGGCGACGCCCCGCGCUGACCCGCUUAACUGGGGGAAGGCGGCGGAGGAGCUGAUGGGCAGCCACCUCGACGAGGUGAAGCGGAUGGUGGCCGAGUACCGCCAGCCCUUGGUGAAGAUCGAGGGCGCCAGCCUCCGCAUCGCGCAGGUGGCCGCCGUGGCCGCCGGCGCUGGCGAGGCCCGCGUCGAGCUCGACGAGUCCGCCCGUGGCCGGGUCAAGGCCAGCAGCGACUGGGUCAUGAACAGCAUGAUGAACGGCACCGACAGCUACGGCGUCACCACCGGCUUCGGCGCCACGUCCCACAGGAGGACCAAGGAGGGCGGCGCUCUCCAGAGGGAGCUCAUCCGGUUCCUCAACGCUGGCGCAUUCGGCACCGGCACCGACGGCCACGUCCUGCCGGCCGAAGCCACGAGGGCGGCCAUGCUCGUCCGCAUCAACACCCUGCUCCAGGGGUACUCCGGCAUCCGCUUCGAGAUCCUGGAGGCGAUCGUCAAGCUGCUCAAUGCCAACGUCACGCCGUGCCUGCCGCUCCGCGGCACGGUCACCGCGUCCGGCGACCUCGUGCCGCUCUCCUACAUUGCCGGCCUCGUCACCGGGCGCGAGAACUCUGUUGCAGUCGCCCCGGAUGGCAGCAAGCCCAAGGAGGGUCUUGCGAUGGUGAACGGCACGGCCGUGGGCUCUGGCCUUGCCUCCACCGUGCUCUUUGAGGCGAACAUCCUAGCCAUCCUUGCCGAGGUCCUGUCCGCCGUGUUCUGCGAGGUCAUGAACGGCAAGCCGGAGUACACCGACCACCUGACCCACAAGCUGAAGCACCACCCGGGACAGAUCGAGGCGGCUGCCAUCAUGGAGCACAUCUUGGAGGGAAGCUCCUACAUGAAGCUUGCCAAGAAGCUCGGCGAGCUGGACCCGUUGAUGAAGCCGAAGCAGGACCGGUACGCGCUCCGCACGUCGCCGCAGUGGCUUGGCCCCCAGAUUGAGGUUAUCCGUGCCGCCACCAAGUCCAUUGAGCGCGAGAUCAACUCCGUCAACGACAACCCGCUCAUCGAUGUCGCCCGCAGCAAGGCUCUUCACGGUGGCAACUUCCAGGGCACGCCCAUCGGGGUGUCCAUGGACAACACCCGUCUCGCCAUCGCAGCCAUCGGCAAGCUCAUGUUUGCGCAGUUCUCUGAGCUCGUCAACGACUACUACAACAACGGCUUGCCCUCCAACCUGUCCGGUGGGCGCAACCCCAGCUUGGACUACGGCUUCAAGGGCGCCGAGAUCGCCAUGGCGUCCUACUGCUCUGAGCUGCAGUUCCUGGGGAACCCGGUCACCAACCACGUCCAGAGCGCGGAGCAGCACAACCAGGACGUGAACUCGCUCGGACUCAUCUCCUCCAGGAAGACCGCUGAGGCCAUCGAGAUCCUGAAGCUCAUGUCCUCGACGUUCCUGAUCGCCCUGUGCCAGGCGGUCGACCUGCGGCACAUCGAGGAGAACGUGAAGAGCGCCGUCAAGAGCUGCGUGAUGACGGUGGCGAAGAAGACUCUGAGCACCAACUCCACCGGCGAAGCUUCGCAACGUGCUCGUGGGCGCGCCCUCGCCAACGGCGCUGCCGAGUUCGACGCCGAGACAUCCGUGUUCGCCAAGGUCGCCCAGUUCGAGGAGGAGCUGCGCGCGGCGCUGCCCAAGGCGGUGGAGGCUGCACGGGCGGCUGUCGAGAACGGCACGGCAGCGGUACCAAACAGAAUCACCGAGUGCCGCUCCUACCCGCUCUACCGCUUCGUGCGCGAGGAGGUCGGAGCCGUGUACCUCACAGGCGAGAAGACGCGCUCUCCCGGCGAGGAGCUCAACAAGGUGCUCGUUGCCAUCAACCAGGGCAAGCACAUCGACCCGUUGCUCGAGUGCCUCAAGGAGUGGAACGGCGAGCCCCUGCCCAUCUGCUGA